CGUUUAUUUGGGUAAGCCUAGAAGUUUAUUUCUAAGUUUUAAAAUCGAUAUUUCUUUGGAGUAUAUAUCUACCUAUAUAAAUAUUAAUAUAAAACAUGAUAACAUUUUCAAAAUAAUUUUUUUAACUAACAAGUAUAUUUCUUAAAUUAUUUAUUAUCCAUAUAAUUGUUCUCAUUUGUUUAAUUAGUAUCAAUUUAUUAUCUUAGUUCGUCAGGGUUUUCUGUUACACCCUGUAUAGUAUAAUAAGGAUUAUAAUAGAUGUUUUUAUUAGUUUUUCAUAAGAAAUAAUAAAUCAUAUAUAAUUCGAAAAACCAAAUAGAAAAUAUUAUAUAAUCCCAAUUAUACUAUAUAGUUUAUGGUAAAACGUAGCCCUACUAUUAACCAGGAAGAAUGUGAUCCUGGUGGCAGAAUAACAGUUCUCUUUUUGUUAGGUCUUCUUAUUCCUAAUCUUCAUGGUAUAUAGAAUAUAAAUUGAUCAAAUUACAAAUUUUAAAACUUUAUAAAAGGUCUUAACAGAUUUCUUGUGAGUGAUUCUAGCUUUAUUUUUUUUUUUUAAUUAACAAUUUAUUAUUAUCAAAAAUUCAAAAAUGUAUGUUUAAUUUGAAACUUAUAUCAUUGGAAGCAAAAUAAAAUUUAAAUUUGUUUUCAAGAAAUACAUCUAAGGGUCAUGCUUACAAUCUCCGGUUAAAGUUAACCCGACACUUAACCGGCCGAAUUCUGUUGGUAAUAAAAUCUGUUAUCAGUCUGUUAGCGUUUCCGACACUUUACCGGACAUUGUAAAAACAAACGGCCGUAAAACUGUCAAUUUUCUACUUACAACUUACAAGUGUGAUGUCAAUUUUUAAAUAAAUGUUAUAAAAAUGUUAUAUACAAUAAUAUAUUUUUUAUACCGUAUAACUUCUGACAAAAUGGCAACACUGAAAUUUAUCUUUUUCUUAUCACUGAGUAGUAUAAAUUACAAUAUCAUUAUUUUGGAUAUUAUAAGUAGUUAUUAGUAAAAUAAUUAUGUAUUGAACAAUAUUUGUUUUUUCUAAAAACUUAACAUUUAUUAGUGAAUAUUUUUUUAAGGUUAAUUUUAUAAAAUAUGCAUAACAGACUAAAAGUACGUACAACUGAAGCACAAAAAGCCGCUGCAGAUCGAGAAAAAGAAAAAAAACUUCAAUUAUAUCGAAAUACUAUCAAUGAUGUAUUUGAGCGCCGAUCUCGUAAUGAAUAUGAUGUUUUAGCAUUGAAAUCAUCUGAAGGACUAUUACGAUCUAAUCCUGAUAUUGUUACUAUAUGGAAUUAUAGAAAAGAAAUAUUACUACAUUUGAAACCAUCUGAAGAAAUAAUUAAUGAUGAACUUUAUUUAACUGAAAAAUGUUUACAAGUAAAUCCAAAAUCUUAUUCAGCAUGGUAUCACCGAAAUUGGCUACUUGAUAAUGUAGAUCCUAAUCCAGAUUGGAAUAGAGAAUUGCAACUAUGUACAAAGUAUUUGAAAAUAGAUGAACGAAAUUUUCAUUGCUGGGAUUAUCGACAAAUUGUUGCAUCUAAGUGUCAAGAACCAAAUGAAAAUGAAUUGAAAUUUACUAUGGAAAUGAUUGAGUCAAAUUUUUCAAAUUAUUCUGCAUGGCAUUAUCGAUCAAAACUUUUUAGUGCUGCAGGAAAAGAUGAAGAAUCUACCAAAAUUUCAGAAUUAUCAUUGGUGGAAAGUGCAGCAUUUACUGAUCCUUCAGACCAAAGUGCAUGGAUAUAUCAGCGAUGGCUUAUAGGAAAACUAGAACCAUCCAAAUUUAUAUACAAAGUUUCUCAAAUAAAAAAUGAAAUUUAUCUCAUACUAAACAGAAAAUUACCAAAUAAUUAUAAAAUUGUUGGAUUAGGAGAAACAAAUUGGGAACAAUGUGAUACAAAAAUUUGGUAUAAAAAACUAGACAAUGUCGACAGUACCAAAAUACAGAUUAUUGAUGAAGUAAACCAAGUAAUAGAUAAUCUUUCAAUAGAUAAUGUUCAACAAAAUAUUUUUAAUCUUAAUAUUAGUGAACAGCUUCGACUUGUUUUAAAUGGACAACUGGACAGUUUACGUCAACUGUUGGAUAUGGAGCCAGAAAGCAAAUGGGCUUUACUAACUUAUGUGUUACUUCUUUACACAUUAAAACCGAAUAAUUAUUUUAAAAAUUGUCUUAGAAACAUUAAAUUAUUAAAAGAAUUAGAUACAAAAAGGAAAAAUUAUUAUCAUGACCUCGAAAGCCGUUACCAAAUUGAACAUUGGAUUUCUAACAAUAAUAACAAUAAUAUGGAUAGUGUUAAUUUGAAAGGAUAUGGAUUAACAGCAUUUUAUCAUAUGCACAUGUUUCUAUUUAACAAAAAUAUUGAUUUGAGCGAUAAUGAUUUAUCCCACAGCAAUUUAAAUCAUUUAAAAUAUUUAAUUAUGUGUGAACAUUUAUCACUGAAGAAUUGUAAACUGGCAAACUUGGAUAAUUUUCCUGCUCUAAAUAAUCUAGAAGUUUUGGAUCUGAGAGAAAAUAAAAUUCAAGAAAUUUCAUACAAAGAGCUAACAAAAUGUAAAUCACUUAAAAAAAUUAUCCUUGAUAAAAAACAAAUAGCUCUUGAUAAAAUAUUACAAUGUAUCAAUCAGUCUACUAAUAUUGAAAUAAUGUGAUUUUUAAGUAUAAUUAGAUAAGACUUACGACUACAAAGUACAUAUAAGGCCAUUAAAAUUAUAUGCUUAUAUAUUAUUUCUAUUUUAUCUUAUUUAUGAUAUGAUCUAAUUUUUAUUAACAUAAUAAGCGUAAAUUGUGGGAUUGGGGGUUGGGCAGAUGCCUAAAAUGCCUAAAGCAUAAUGAAUAAAGUUAAUUGAGAUUUCUAGCUCCUCCCAGAUUUUUAACCAAAUUUUAUUAUGUCAAUGAAUAACAUCUUAGAAUAUAUUAGUUUAUACAAGUAUAUAAAACUUUAUAAUUUUAUAAAUAAAAUUAUUUUAUUUUUAUCAA